CGCGAAUUUUCUAGCGGUCGUUUUUGCGGUUGCCUUUUCGUUUUUGGCUCUGAAAACUUUUUUAAAUAUCUCGCUGGGAAAUUUGGAAGUUCUGCACAACGAUCAUAUAAUUUUUAACCACACUGGGCCUUCGUAUUAAUCUGGUAACAUCACUCGUUAACGAACUCGUAGUAUUCAACAGAAAUGACAGCCGAUAUCACCCUGAGCGCAGCAGCGGUGGCCUUGGCUCCAGCCACUUGGAAGUACGGCGCAUUGCUGACGGGCGUUGUUAUCACUCAGAUUCUGGGCAUGUUGUGGUAUUCACCGUUGCUCUUCGGUAAUAUUUGGCUGGAUUAUCAUCCCGAGAUCAAAAAGAAGAUUUCAGCGGGCCCCGUCAAUUUCAAGGCCAAGAUGGUGGCAUCCGCCAUCGGGGAUAUGGUGUUCGCUCUGUUCCUCAGCCUGUUUUUCCAUCCGAAUUCUUUGGAGAGUGCCAUCGUGAUGACCGUCGGAUUGGAGAUGCUCAACCUGUUGAUGCAGUGGCAGCACAUUGUCUGGGUGGACCAGAAGUUGGGAUGUCUGGUCAUCGAUCAGGGAUACGACACCCUGUCAAUCUUCAUUAAACUGCUUACACUGGCCUACGUUCCUUUUUAAAGGAUCGUCACUGGCUGUGUAGGAGGCUGUAUUGCCGUUUUUUUACGUUAUUUUCUCUCAUUUAUACCAAAUUUUCAGGGCUGUUUUUCCUCUUUAACCGUACAGUGUUUUGGUACUCGUACGUGAGAAAAUCCCUUUUGUGCUUUUGUGUAAUGCGUUUGCUUGGAUUAGAUGCCCUCAGCGUGAAUUUUGUGCUGUUUGAAAAAAAAGUGAAAAAUUG